ACCGGUCCACAGAGGACACAGUUCACCUGUGUAAGCUGCCAGUGUGAGAAUGAAGAUUGCUGUGAUUUUCCUGUUGCUGCUGCUGGUCUGCUCUGGCUCCACAGAUCAGAAUCAGACGGAGGCAGAAAAAGAAAUUCUUGCACAGCAGAUCACAUACCUACAGUCUUUACCACAAGACAUCAAUGCCGUGCUGAGAAAGAUGACUGCUACGUUGGCUGAACAGAGAGUGGAGAUACAAUUCUUGCAAAAAGAGAGUCAAGAACAUGCUGCAAAGCUGAAAGAAGUGGAGCAGCAGAAGUCUGAGUUAGAGAAGCAGGAGACUGAGCUGAAGAAGCAGGAGACUACAUUGAAGAGGCAGGAGACUGAGUUAAAGAGGCAGGAGAGUGAGCUGAAGAAGCAGGAGUCUGAGGUUGUCAAGCUGAAGCAACUGUUGAAAGUUGGGCAGGUGGCUUUCUCAGCCUCUCUGUUGGCUAAAGGCCAUGGACAUGUCGGACCCUUUCCCACGCUCACUACUCUGAUCUUCAAACAUGUCACUACAAACAUUGGAAAGGCCUACAACCCACACACAGGUAUUUUCACUGCACCAGUGAGAGGAGCCUACCACUUCGAGUGGUACAUAAUAGCACACGGAGAUGCUAAACAUCCUACAGCUGCUGUGUUGGUCAAGAACUCAGAGAACACUUUUCUUGCAUGGGAACGUCAGAAAUCCGAUUCUGGGUCUGCUGCUAUGGGGGUUACAUUGCUCCUAGAGGUUGGAGAUGUUGUGUUUUUGCGUCUGUGGACUAAUUCAAGGGUGUUUGAUAAUACUAAUCACCAUACUACCUUCAGUGGUCAUCUGCUUUUCACCAUGUAAGACAGAAACAGUUCCUCUUUUCCUUUAAAUUCUGAUAAUCAUGCAGGUUUUUGUUGUCUUGAGCAGUUCUUGCACUGAACUGAUCUCAAACUUAAUCUGAUAAUCUUGAAUCACUGUAGUAAUGUAUAGUGAACUUUUGAUUUUCCUUUAUAUAAAAGCUGGAUGACAGAAUAGUGCAACAGCGAUUAAUAAAAAUGUCAAAGUGAUAAGUUUUUCAGAUGCUCUUGUCAAUAAUAAAAUAAUAAACAUACAAUUAUAA